AUGUCCAAGGCGGCGGGCAAAUUAAAAAACAUCAAAAAGAGUGUGGAGAAGAUAACUCACACCACAAAGCUUAAAACAAAUAUUCCAGCUGGUAUGGCUGCAGCCGGUCCACCAUUGGGACCUAUGUUGGGUCAGCGUGCCAUUAAUAUUGCUGCGUUUUGCAAGGAUUUCAAUACCCGCACAGCUGACAUCAAGGAAGGCAUACCAUUGCCCUGUCGCAUAUCCGUUAACAGUGAUCGUAGUUAUAAUUUAGUUAUUCACUCACCACCCGCUGCAUUUUUGUUGAAACAGGCGGCCGGCAUACAACGAGGUGCUAUGAGUGCCGGACGUGAGGUGGCUGGUAUGAUUACGCUAAAGCAUUUAUAUGAAAUUGCUGCAAUUAAAAUUCAAGAUCCUCCAAAUGCUUUGCUUACAAUGCAGCAAAUGUGUGAAAUGUUGGUGGGCAUUGCCCGUACAUGUGGCAUCAAAAUUGUCCGCGACUUAAAAGCCGAAGAUUAUGCUGCCUUCUUGGAAGAAAGACGUGCUAUUGUCGAGGCCCAGAGACGUGAAUUACAAGAGAAACGUGAGGCGAAAAUGUUACGUACUGGUUAGAUUUAUUUACUAUUGUUUAUUAUUAUU